AUGGCAAUGUCAACCGUGCACGCUCAGGCCCUGGAGCUGGCUGCGAAGCGGCCAGGUGCCUCAGCAACACCACCUUCGCAGCGCGACUUCGGCUACCUCGCCGAGGUGGCCUUCGGCGAGUGGGGCAAGCGCAUCAUCGCCAUCACCACCGCCAUGGAACUGUGGCUGGCUGUGGUGACUUUCCUCGUCAUGAGUGGCAUCAACGCCCAAGGGCUAUUGGGAAUGGACGAGCCGCACGCAGUAGCUUUCUGCACUGCUAUCACGGCCCUCCUGGUCUUCAUACCUCUGCGCGUCUACGCCUACGUCUCCUUAGCGUCGCUGGUAGCGCUGUGCGUCGCCAGCACUGCAUACCUGAUCGAUCUGUUCCAGAUGAAUGAGUGGAACUGGCCUCUUUUCUCUGCCCCUCUCGGGGUUGGGGACGUUUUCCGGGCCUAUGGCCUCAUCAUCUUUUGCUUCGCCGGCCACCCCUGCUUCCCUGCGCUCCAUCAAAGUAUGAGCGACCGCACUAAGUGGGAGCCUUGCGUCACGUUUUCCUUCCUCGUUGCGGCCGGCUACUACGUUUGCCUGGGUCUCCUGGCCUUCCUCGCCCUGGGGACCAACAUGCACGCUGUCUUCACUGCAGACAUGUCGGGCUCCGGCGUGCUUCGGCGGGUGACGAUCGCAGCUUUUGCUGUCAAGAUUCAGCUCACCGCCCCCGUGCUGCUUCGGGUGGUACUGACGUGCCUGCGCGUCUGGCCGGAAGGUGUAGAGGAGGAGUUGCCCCUCACAUCUUUCGUCCCCACAGCGCUCAUCGUUGUCUUCACCGGGUUCUCAGCCUGCGUGCUGGCCAGUCACCUUGCUGCCCUGGCCUCGCUCUGCGGCGCCUUCCUGGUGAACUUGACAUCGGUGAUUCUUCCGAUUCUCAUCUACAUGAAGUUGGAGAGUCUCGUGCCAUCAGCACGGACAACAGCCUUCAAGGUGAAGCUUGGGCUUUGCUGGGCUGCUGCGGCUUUGGGUGCUGUGGCUGGCCUCGCCGGGACUGCGAUGGCGGUCAGAGACUUGCUUCACCGCCCAGUCAGCCUUGGUGUCGGCUCAUGA